AUGCUAGGGCCGUGUUCAUCUUCAGAAGAAUAUUUCAAAGCACACAUUCGAUUGAUAUUAGAUUUGAUAAUACAAGAAUCAUACGUCAACUGCCCAGUCGAUGCUUUCCUGAUACACCGUUUCCUCCCAGAAACCGCCCCUGAGAUAGUUUCAAGAAAUGAUCUCGACGAUGGGAAGUUCUACUUGAAACAUGCGGACGAAAAGGGGGAUCAGAUACUCGUUGACAAUGACUUCAAUAUAACAGGCAUUAUUGACUGGGAAUGGGCGCAGGCAGAUUCGAAGUCAGCUGCUUUCAACUCGCUUAUUGUUCUUCUUCCGAUGGCCGACUAUUGCGAAGGGGCUGAUCAUAUCGGUGAAGAUGAAGUUUUUUUUGCCGAGUGCUUUGAAGAGAAAGGAUACCCAGAUCUUUGGGACAUAGUCAGAAAUGGACGACUUCUUCAUCGAUUUCAAUUCUGUUGUGGAUAUGACCUUGAUGAUUGGGAUGGAUCUAUUGGGCUCUUUUUCGGGCUGCUUAAGAUAUUAGGCAUCGAAGGGGAUUCAAGCCGAGAAACUUGGAAAGCGGAGGCCCUAUAA